AUGCCAGCGUCCCGAUGGCGUCAUGGGAAGGUCACGUGUUGUGCGUGUCGGUGGAGUGGACAUGGGGCCAUGGAAACUUGGGGGUGUGCCUCACCAGGGCCACCGAGUCUCCCGGAGAUAGAAAAGCUCUCGGACAGAGUUACUCGCGUCCUUGGGCGGAAUCCGAGUCCGUUCUCCUUAACGGGGACAAACUUGUAUUUGGUUGGGACGGGCAGCAGCCGGAUCCUCAUCGAUGCGGGUGAGGGCAAAGCCGGAGUGCUACAGGACUUGAUAGACGUCAUGGCCCAGCAGGGCUGCCACCAUGUUUCGCAAGUAGUCAUAACGCAUUGGCACAUCGAUCAUUUGCUGGGAGUGCCAGAACUGAUGGACCACUUCGGCUCCGAUAUGCAGAUUCGCAAGUACAUGCCCAGUGAGGGCACAUCUGUGGGCGAAGUCGGCAACGCGGAGAGUGAGUGGAGUCCUGUGGAGCUACUGUCGAGGAUCCCAGUCACCGAACUGGCCGACGGUGAAAUUCUCUCUUGCGAGGGUGCUACUUUGCGGGUUCUGCACACACCAGGCCAUGCAAACGACCAUGUUUGCUUGUUUUUGGAGGAGGAACGGGCCCUGUUCACUGGCGACAAUGUGCUCGGUUGGGGAACCGGAACAUUCCAGGAUCUGCAGCAGUACAUGCGAUCUCUGAAACUGAUGGCCUCACAGGCUCCAGAUGUUCUGUAUCCUGCCCAUGGGCCCGUGGUUUCUGGCACUUCAGAGGCAGCUGCCUGGUUGCAGAUGUACAUCACCCAUCGUGAGGAUCGAAUCCGACAGGUUGAGAAUGAGCUGCGAGCAGUGGAUGUUGGCUUGGACUUGGUGGACCUCGUCAAGCGGGUGUACAAGGCGCAGCCAGAAGUGCUGCAGUCGGAGGGCCUGUUCAGGGGUGCUUGCCUCAACACGAAGCGCGUCCUCGACUUCCUCCAUCACGAGGGCCUCCUGGGACAGCGGGGAUCCCUCUAU